AUGGCUACAAGUUCCGGUUUACCAUUAUCAGCUAGUGAUGAUUCAAUUCUAAUUCAAAAUGCAGCAUCAUCAUCCGAUGUCAA